CACAAUAAAAUCAGUGCAGCUGUUGGGCCCCAUAUGGCUCCAGGUGGACUACAACCAGCAAGAUUUAAGACUAGAUACUGAAAGCUUUCUUUUACCUACACAAAGGAAGGCAUUGACUAAUAAGAAGCCAACUGUCCAAUGACUUUUGGUCCCCUAAAAAGAGGUGUAACACGAAUCGCCAGAUAUGGAUGGAGAUUAUUAAAGGCAGCGGGGCCACAGCAGUGGUGCAGGCAGCUCUGUGUAAACCCCGUCAGGAGCGUGUCGCCAUCAAGAGGAUCAACCUGGAGAAAUGCCAGACCAGUAUGGACGAGCUGCUGAAAGAGAUUCAAGCAAUGAGCCAGUGCAACCAUCCCAAUGUUGUGUCCUACUACACGUCCUUCGUGGUUAAAGAUGAACUCUGGUUGGUCAUGAAACUUCUAAGUGGAGGGUCAAUGCUGGACGUUAUAAAGCACACAUUCAGUCGAGGGGAGCACAAGAAUGGAGUUCUGGAGGAGGCCAUCAUAGCCACCAUUUUAAAAGAAGUUCUGGAAGGUUUAGACUACCUGCACAGGAACGGGCAGAUCCACAGGGAUGUGAAAGCUGGAAACAUUCUUCUGGGAGAGGAUGGAUCCGUCCAGAUCGCAGAUUUUGGAGUAAGCUCCUUCUUAGCCACUGGAGGAGAUGUCACCAGGAACAAAGUGAGGAAGACCUUUGUGGGGACGCCAUGUUGGAUGGCUCCUGAGGUGAUGGAGCAGGUACGAGGCUAUGACUUCAAAGCGGACAUCUGGAGCUUCGGGAUCACAGCCAUCGAGUUAGCCACGGGGUCGGCACCCUACCACAGAUAUCCACCAAUGAAGGUUCUAAUGCUAACCUUGCAGAACGAUCCACCCACGCUGGAAACCGGCGUGGAGGACAAAGAGAUGGUAAAAAAAUACGGAAAGUCCUUCAGAAAAUUAAUAACGCUGUGCCUUCAAAAGGACCCCACUAAAAGGCCAACAGCAGCAGAACUUCUGAAAUGUAAAAUUUUCCAAAAGGCCAAGAACAGAGAAUAUCUGAUUGAGAAGCUUCUGAAUAAAACGCCAACCAUCACUCAAAGAGCCAAAAAGGUGAAGAGAGUCCCGGGGUCCAGCGGACACCUGCACAAGACGGAGGACGGAGACUGGGAGUGGAGCGACGACGAGCUGGACGAGAGGAGCGAGGAAGGCAAGGCCGCGGCCAAUCAGGACAGGUCGCGAAGGGUCAGACAUGGAAGCGGAGAUAACAAAGCAAAUGGCGGCAGCAGCAUUCCCAUGGAAGGACUGUCUAUCCAGCAUCCGCAGGUUCAACCUUUUGAGCACGGACAACAUGUUCAAGGACCAAGUGCUGUGAAUAUGGUUCUACGGCUGAGGAACAGCAGAAAGGAGCUGAACGACAUACGAUUUGAAUUUACUCCAGGUCGAGAUACUGCUGAUGGAGUGUCCCAGGAGCUUAUCUCGGCUGGACUGGUCGAUGGACAUGAUGUCAUUGUUGUUGCUGCUAACCUUCAGAAGAUUGUUGAUGAUCCAAUUACCUACAAAGUGUUGACAUUUAAGCUGGAUUCGGGCUGUGAUAGCACAGAGAUUCCAGACGAGGUGAAGCUGAUCGGAUUCGCCCAACUAAGCGUCAGCUGAUCCCCUCACCUGGUCCGGGCAGGUGAACAGGAGGGGCCAGCGAUACAAAGACCAACUGUGUGCGAGAGAGAGUCGGAAAGAGGCACCUCAACCCCCUCACCCCCUCCCUCCCCCCAAACCCUGAAAAAAACAAAAACCAUACAAAUCCUAUCCAACCUCCCAUUCCCGCCCUGCUACUGACCCCUGACCCCUGACCCCAGAGCAGUUGACCAGUGUUGGCCGAGCUAAGCUAAAGCUAUGCUAGCCUCUUCUGUCAUUCCACACUUACAGUAUGUGCUGUUUCUGCAGCCGCCAUUCCAUUGCCUACUCUCAGUACAAGGAACAGGUUUCAGAAAAAGGAAACUUAAGGAUUUUCUCAGGUGGUUACAAAAAAAUUCAUGCGAGUAGCUUAACUUUUUGUUAAACAAACCAUGUUACCUCUGCUUUAAGCAUAGCUCAUUAUUAUUAUUAUUAUUAUUAUUAUUGAAUGAAUGAAUUGUAUUUAUUUUCAUGUCAUUCCACCUAAAGUGGUCCAUUCCAAAUAAGAUUGCACGACACCAGAUUAUAACGACCCAGACUUCCCAGUAACGGGGUGGCCUGUAGCGUAGUGGUUAAGGUACAUGACUGGAACACUCAAGGUCGGUGGUUCGAUCCUCAGUGUAGCCACAAUAAGAUUGAGCCCUUGAGCAUGGCCCUUAACCCUGCAUUGCUUAGUCUAAUCAACUGUACGUCACUCUGGAUAAGAGCAUCUGCCAAAUGCCAUUAAUGUGAAUGUAAUGUAACAGAACAUAAUAAUACAAAGUUAACUGGCAGAAGACCCCACAACUACCUUUAAAACAUGUGCUUUGUUACCAUGCUUCAUCUAGGAAAUCCACAAAGGCAAAUGUGUCCUUUUUACAUAGUAUUUUCAUUAUUUCAGAAUCUUCCAAUGAAAAAUAAUCAAAAGUGUCACUGUUGAUCUUUAUGAUUGUUAUUAUUAUUGCCUUUGUUGUUUUAUUUACAUUCAGUUUUAUUUUCAUGGACAACAUGCCCUUCUUCAGUUUGCAUAUUACAGGCCACACGGAUCAUGCAGUUGGCAGUGAAAUGUAUCAGCCUCAACUAUAGUCCUUGUUCAGAAGACUUAAUUAUGUAAAGCACAUUAUCAGAAUUCUGUUGCCAUGUGUAUUGCCAGUGAAUGUCUGAACUGGCAUGUAUUUAGAGUAAAAGUGUAAAGCCAGGAGAGGUAAGGGAUGAGAGGGAACAGGCUAGCUCUUAAUACUGCAGACUGUAACCUGUGUUUCCCUCAGCGGGCAGUGUUGAUGCUUAGGGGUGCGAAAUCUCUGGAGGUGCCUUGUUCUCUAACGUGCCUGAGACUCUGGGAACUGCAGAGCGAGGAGUGUCCGUGUCAGGAACAGCAACAAAAGGCCAGGAACACAAUUAGCAGAUCCUGUACUCCUGCAGACGCACCGCAGAAAGGCAGCAUUCUAAUCAGUGGCAAACCUACAGCUAAAAUGCACUUUUGGGUACAGCAUAUGCACCUGACAAGCCGAUGCUUAAACCCUGGGAGAGAUGCCAUUUAAAGUGAAUCUUAAUCGUAAUCCCCGUUGUCAGUCACAAGGUUGAUAGAGACCAUUACUCAGAAUGAGGGAAAACCAUAAUACAUGCAUUUCACAGACGCAACAUGAUUGUUAAUGAGAAAACAACUUUGUCUAAAUGCACAACAUAUUGAAUUUCUUCCCAAGAAUACCUCCAAGAAAUGUACUAUAUAGCAAUGUAUCUGCAAAUGAAACCAAAAGGUAACUACUGAGAGGCGAGCUCUUUGUCCAAAGCACAGUAGCUCUAAAUUAUUUUUGAAACUACUGCUAUGUAAUAUUGAUUGUACUAAAUCAUUUGGAAUAGGGAGAUGAAAGGUAUUGUGUUUUCAAAUACAGAAUGUGUACCAUUUCUGUGUAUUAACCCUAUUCCCUUUCUGUAAGCAGCUAAUUUCAUGUCGGCUAAAUGGCAACAAAUAAAGAAUUGCUGUUUGAAAAA